CGCCCCAAACUCUUUCAAUCGUCUCUUUCAAAAUGGCAGAGAAGAUAAAAGAAAGGAUUCUGAAUUUUAACAUCGGAGUAUUAGGUCACGUAGACAGUGGGAAAACAUCUCUAGCAAAAGCGCUCAGUACUACAGCCUCCACCGCAUCGUUUGAUAAAAAUCCACAGAGCCAAGAGCGUGGAAUCACGCUAGAUCUGGGGUUUUCGUCCUUUCAAGUUGCUCUGCCGGAGCAUUUGCGCAGCGCUGGGAGCGAGCAUGAUUUGUUACAGAUGACCCUGGUGGACUGUCCGGGACACGCAUCGCUCAUUAAGACUAUCAUUGGUGGCGCGCAGAUCAUUGAUAUGAUGAUGCUGGUUGUGGAUGUCACAAAGGGUGUACAGACACAGACAGCUGAGUGCCUGGUGAUUGGUGAGAUCCUCUGUCAGAAGAUGGUUGUUGUGCUAAACAAGGUUGACUUGCUCAAACCAGAGAAACGGGAUUCCUUUAUAGAAAAGAUGUCAAAGCGCCUCACCAAAACUCUAGAGAACACACGCUUUGCAGGCAGCCCCAUCAUCUCAGUUGCUGCGAAACCAGGAGGUCCAGAGGCCCCAGUCUCUGAAUCCAUAGGAGUCACCCAGCUGAUUAACAAGCUGAGGGAGAUGUCUUAUAUUCCCGAAAGGACAACGUCAGGAUCUCUGCUUUUUGCUGUUGAUCACUGUUUCUCCAUCAGAGGACAAGGUACCAUCAUGACAGGAACUAUCCUUAGUGGCAGUGUCUGUGUAAAUGACACAGUGGAAAUACCCUCAUUAAAAGUUACCAAGAAGGUCAAAUCCAUGCAGAUGUUUAAAAAGCCUGUGGAUAAAGCGUCACAGGGAGACAGAGUAGGAAUUUGUGUUACCCAGUUUGACCCCCAUUUGCUUGAGAGGGGCAUUGUGUGCAGCCCUUCAAGUGUGCCAACAGUGUUUGGGGGUAUUAUCUCUGUAAGAAAGAUUUCAUAUUACAAGGGGGCUAUCACAACCAAGUCCAAAUUCCAUAUUACUAUUGGGCAUGAGACAGUGAUGGGAAAGCUGCAGGUUUUUGGGCUUGCUCCUGACUCUGAAGGUGAUGAGUUCAACUUUGAUCAGGAGUACAUUUACCAGGAUGAGGUAGCUGAUGCCUCAAAACAGGCAGAUGGCAGCAAAAACGAGGAUGAGAAGCAGAUGCCCAUGGCAAAGCACCAAUGGCUUGUGGUGGAAUUUGAAAAACCUGUGUCUUGCCCGGAGCACUCGCUUGUGAUAGGCUCACGUCUUGAUGCAGACAUUCAUCUCAACAUGUGCAGAAUUGCAUUCCAUGGUAAACUCAUCAUCCCAUUCAAGGAUAAGUCCUAUUCAGAGACGAUCUUAUCCAAGCUUAAAGUUUAUAAGACAAAAUGUCGAGAAGGGAUCGUAGAGCGAAUGUCAGAUGAGUACUCAGUGAUAGCCAGAUCUUUGUUCAAAAAAGAAACCAACAUCCAGACAUUUACAGGGAUGAAAGUGAAUCUCUCGACAGGUGAAUGUGGUACCAUAGAGGGUGGAUUUGGCCAGAGUGGGAAGGUGAAGAUUAGGAUUCCAGGCGGUCUUCUACCAGACACAGCCAAGCAGCUAGCGGGGGCCAGCAAGAAGAAAGGGAAGGGUGCACAAGCAGUAGAGGAGGGUGAGGAGAGUGUCAAAGGGAAUAUUAAGGUGAUAUUAGAGUUUAAAAGAUACAUCCAUGAUACCAAGAAGAAGAUGGUACAAAGCUGAUAUCAGGGAAUCAGUAAUUAAAAUGAUGAUCAUUCAAAAUCAUUGAUUAUUAGAGUUGAUAUAGAAAUCAUUAUCAAAUCUUUGAACUGGGGACAUACUGUCACGAUUGUUCAAAUUAUGAAGUGCUACCUAUUUAAUAAUAGGUCAAGUUCUGGACCAACAGUAUAAUCUAGAAUAACAAUUUUUGUCUUAAAAGAAAGAAAUACUACAUCUUUCAUGCUAUAUUAAACCCAUUCUUAUAAAAUAUUAGCUGUUUUCAUAUAUAGCUUGAUUAAAACCAGCAAAAAGAAUUACUUAUUAUAAGCAAUGCAUAAGAAUAUAUUCGUAGGGCCGAGUUUCUUGACCGAUUGUUUUUGAAAGCAAUUAUGUUUUGUAUGAUGCAAAAGUUAAAAACUCUUUUGGUUUUGCCAAAAGUUUGUUUGCUUUUGCCUACCUUCGGUGAAGUUCAAACGUCGCAUUACCCAUCAUGAGCCGUAUUCAAUGCAAAUGCAUGCAAAUGAAUCGAGUCGAUUGUUUCAUCUUCAUUUGCAUGUAUUCGCAUUGAAUACGGCUAAUGGAUAAUACGACGUUUGAACUUAGCCUAAUUGUCACAGGACAAGUAAUAGCGGCAAAUUUAUCAUGAACUAUUGACAUGUUUUGUCUGUAAGCAAUUUUCAAGUCAUUUUUUAAUAUCACGAAACUUGCAGUACAGAAAAAAAGAGUUAUUGAAUCGAAUUGUGCUAGAUAAAAUACUGAAUUGAGUCUUCCUUCAAAACCGUAAAACAAUGAAUGAAUCCAACAAACUUGCAUUUAGGAAAAAUCUUCCCUUUGGACGUUAGCACGAUGAUGACAUUGAAGUAAUGAAAGCUCAGACUACACAAAAAAUUCUCACCAAUAAAGGCAGUGAUAACGAAAUUCCUCCGCCUUUUUUCACACCUGUUAUCAAAGAUAAGCGUUCCUAAGCAUGACAGAAGAAGCUACGAUAUAUGGUUAAUAUGGUAUCAUUGGAUAUCUGGAAAUAUCUUAUGUAGAUAUAAACGCAUAAUUAAGUACCAUACUCUAGUCCCUUAAUCACAAAAUCAGCAAUUUGUCAAAAUCUUGACACAUUUUUAGGAGUUAUGGCGCUCGGUGUGCAAAAUCUUUAUCAUUUUAGUGUUCGGAAUGUUUAGAAAUUCAUUAGUUAUCGCUGAAGGUCUUAAGUAUCUCUGAUAAUUAAGCGUUUUUCAGGACGAUUUUUAGUGCUGCUUGCAGCCGGUAUCUGGUAUUUUAUGGCGUUGUUUCGGUUUAGGCCUUUUAUUUCCAAGUUUGCGAUAAGCUGGUAUCGGGCUAGUCAAAGACGCAUCAACGCAUUCAUUUUGCAUGUUUUUUAAACUUCUGAUUGUUGGCUCGCAAUUAAUGAUCAGUUUUAGUAUUUCCUGAUUGCUGAAUAAAAAAAACAAAUUUUGAAGGUUAUCUUUUGUUUUUCCUGUCCUAUUCUAUGGGAAAAUAUAUCUUUCAAGCACGGUCACCACUUCAAGUUCAAGUAUUGCCAGAUUUACUCCUCGUUAUAAUAAGAUAGUUUAUCGGUGGUAAAAAAGAGCCCUUUAAGUAGUAUAUGGCGAUAAGAGAGGACCAUUACUGUCGAAUCCGUUGUAUCGCGACGCCGCAUUUUCAAAACAUCGAUCUGUUUUUGUCUUUUGGGAUUUUCUGUUCCACCAAUCAGAUUCUUGCCAUCUCUCGCCUAGUGCAGUUGCCUGGCUUUCUGUCGCGACAAUGUCUGGUUUUUGUCCAAAGGGAAGCCAGGGAAGUGCAAAAGCGAGAUUCUGAUUGGCUCAGAAUGGUUUUACUGACACGGAACAGAAAACCAAAACAAAUCGUGUUUUGAAAACGCGGGUCGCGAUACAACGGAUUCGACAGUAAUAGGUCGUGUGAGUUUGUAGCUUUGUGAGUCCUGUCACACUGACCAGAAAUCCUUCUUUUCGCAGACCGAUAUGAAACUAUUAAGUAAUAUCCUAUGAAAUAAAGGGCGCAAAUUCAAGGGCUAGAAAUGAUUUGAUGUUCCAAUAAAGCGAAGCGGUUCUCCAAGUGGCUCAAAGUAUGGGUGAGACUCUGAGCUCUUGUGUACCAGCCUAACAAAAUUGCAAGCUGUCUCGAGUUUCAAGUGGGAUUGGCUGAAAGCACUUUCAUUGUUGAACCAAAGCUAUAGUUGGUCUGAAAUCCAUUUGGCUCUCUUAUGGGGAUCGUUUAUUGGUGUAUUUCUAGAACAGAUUUGAAUGCAUAGUGCUGACCCUCUCUUGGUGUAAGAGAUAGAUAAUAUAAUAAACAAUGGGUGAGUUUUGUUUAA